CCUGUGUAUCCUGUCUUCAGUCUUCAGGAUUUGCUACGGUGUAAUCUUUGCGAGAGUCCGGUACAUCUCUCCACUACAAAACCUGUUACAAACAAAUAUGUUAAGUCUGUUAUGAGAAACUUCUAGAUCUCUUGCAUGAAUCCAAAAACCUAAAGUAUAGUUAAUUUUAUUCAAUGACAGUGGGGAACCUUUUAUAGAUUUAGUAAGUCCAAUAUAUUUUAUUGGCCGCUUGAACAGUUUUUACGACUCUAAGGAUGUCGCUUUUCACAAUUUUAAAAAGAGAAAAUGAACUAGGAACAUUACUUCCUGUCAACAGUGCAGCUUCUAUACCAAAUAUUCCCACAAGGAAGAAUAUUUUCUGUAAACCCACUUACCAACACAGACUGUUUGCAGACGUCAUUAGUGAAAUAGAUAUCGCAAAUAAAGAUUCGAAAAGAGUUCGUAGCGUAUUUUGUUUGAAUGAUGAAUAUGUAUGGAUUUGUGGUGAGAGCAAAAUUUUAAGACUCUACAACUCGCAAGGAAAACUAGUGAAAUCAAUUAAAACCAAGUCCGGUAACUGGCCAAUGGACAUUACAGUGACCCGGAAUGGAUAUUUAGCAUAUUCUGAUUCCAUAGAUAGAACAGUGAACUUGGUAAAUGAUACAGGUAUAAAGCCAUUGAUUACACUACAGGGGUGGAAACCUCAAUCUGUCUCUGGUAGCUCCAUAGGUGGUCUUCUGAUUGUCAUGGACAGUUAUGAUUAUAAUCAUGCAAAAGUCAUCCAUUUCUGUGGAUAUAGAGUGACACAAACCAUACAGUUUGAUGCUGAUGGCUUCCCUCUAUAUUCAUCUGGUUCGAUAAAGUACAUCAGUGAGAACAGAAACCUGGAUAUAUGCGUAUCUGAUUGCGUUGCUGGGGCGGUUGUGGUUGUCAAUCAGACCGGUAAAUUUCGGUUUAGAUACAAAGGCAUCUACUCUGAAAAUAGCUGUAGACCAUUUAAACCUUUCGGAAUCACAACAGACAGCCAGGGUUGGAUACUGACAUCCGACUGGUAUAACCAGAUUAUCCACAUCUUGGAUCAGGACGGACAACUACUAGGCUACAUAGACUGUAGUUUUAUCGAUCCAUAUGGUGUUUGUGUGGACACUAGGGGCAAUCUCUUUGCGACUAGGUAUUAUGGAAGUAAAGUGAUAAAAUUUCGGAAUAUGAGAAAUAAAUAAUGUAACAAUAUUGAAUUUUGGCCUGUCAAUAUUUUUGUUAUCGUAAAUAUAUCAGUUGUUUGUCUUUUAAAGUUAUCGUAAAUACUGUGGAAUCAUUAGAUUUCGUGGUGGCUCAAUUUUCGUGGAAUUCGUUGGAACAUCUCAUCCACGAAUUGAAUAAUGAGUUAUUAAAAUUAUUGAAUAAGUGUUCUAAAGUCAUAAUUCUUUGGAAGAUAUAAAAAAAGAAUCCGGAAAAUACGUCCCCAUGAACUUGUAAAAUUAAGCAAUCCACGAAAAUUAGCCCCCACGAAUUUUGAAGAUUCACAGUGUGUAUGACUGAAGUUUGCAAUGUACUUAAAUGUAUUUGUCAAAUUGUACAUUUGUUUUCAUUAAACACGACAACAAAAGGCACAUGCACAUGCUUGUUAUUAUAAAUGUAUGUAUACCUGUAUAUAUUUUUGUAA